ACAGUGAGGAAGAGGAUGGUGAGCAGCCAGCCGAAAUACGAGCUGAUCCAGGAGGUGGGGCGUGGCAGCUACGGCUUGGUUUACGAGGCGGUGGUGAAACGCACCGGGGCCCGGAUGGCCGUGAAGAAGAUCCGCUGCCACAGCCCGGAGAAUGUAGAGCUAGCCCUCAGGGAAUUCUGGGCCCUGAGCAGUAUCCAGAGCCAGCACCCCAACGUCAUCCACCUGGAGGAGUGUGUCCUGCAGAGAGAUGACCUGGCUCAGAGGAUGAGCCACGGGUCCAGCUCCCCACUAUACCUAGAGGUAAUACACUUUAUAUGGAUAAAUAACAGGCUAGCUGUAGUAAAAUGCAGAUGGACCUGUCCAGAUGAUGAACCACGGAUCCAGCUCCCUGCUAUACCUAGAUGUAAUGAUAAUAGACUUAAAACAGAAUGUACAGAAACCACGUUUUACACAUGAAGCACAGGGAUUCACAAUGAGUACAAACAAUAGAUGACUAAAUAAAUAAUUAAAUGUAAUAAAUUAGAACCUAAGUAAAAGCAAUGCAUGAAAUGCACAGAAAGGGGAUGAGGCAAAAACAACCGGGGGAGAUGGGAGGGCUCACUGGGGGUCAGGUUGAGGUUUCCCCUUUGUCAAUGUGUAAGGUGACGGGGUUGCUCAUAUGAAAGGACUCCGCUAGCGUAUAGGAGAGGGUUAUAUAGGAUGUUUUCAAAUAGGCUCCAGGUGGGAGGUACUAGUGGGUAGGCUUGGCGGUAUACAGUAUACCGGGGUAUUUGGAAAUAGCCACGGUAUGUCUUUUUUUUUUAUACUGUCAAUACCUCAAACUAUUUUGAAGUUUUUUAAAUACAUUUGAAUAUUUGUUGGUACUUUUUAAGUAAAUACCUGCAUCAACUUGUGCAAUACGUUAGGAGAUAAAGAAGAUCACGUUCUUCAUUUCACCUGUCACAUAAUUUUCCAUUAUGAAGCUUACCGGUAGUCCCCAGUCAUGUGGUGUUUGUUUCCAAGCACACAACGACGAGAAACCGGAGCCUUGUGAGUCACUCACUGUUGUGCAGCACACGCCAGGUGAUCUAGUUACAGUAUGGAAUUCACAACUAAAUGUUUGCCAGCUAGAUAUCUUAACUAUUAAGUUAAUUGUCUGCAGUUGUGCAUUUGGUUUGCUAAUUUAGUUGCUAGUUAGCUAAGUGGUUAGCUUAUUCCAAAAUCAAGCUUUGCUUGGUAACAGCAGGGAAUCCCCUCCUGGAACAAGAGCCUUGCUGUCUAAUAUUUGUUUUGUGUGUGCAGCAAGCUGAGUAGAAUUUUUGAGUUACUUGUAUAACUUUAUGAACUGGGAUGUCUGUCCUGUUCGCAAUGUGUUUGUUAGCAUUUAGUUAGCCUACUCUAUAGGAGUUUACAUGUUCUUAGCCUUUGUAAUCCGCCCCCAAAGAUUAGUAAUGCCAAGUAGGGUUUGAAAAUAGUUCCCCAUGUGUUCAGUGCAGGUAUUACUGGAUAUCCCAGUAUGGCACAAUGUCAGUAUGAGAAUCUGGAUACUGCCCAAGCCUACUAGUGGGUUUAGGUGAAGGGUUGUAAGGAUAGGCCUAGUUUUUGAAAAUCAAACAUGUUUUCAAUUAUCUGUAGACUACUUAACUUAUCAUCAGAUACUUAUGAGUAAGGUUAGGCCCUAGUACUAAGGCCCCAGUUCAAACCCAUUGUAGGCUUAAUCAUAUGGAAGAGUACAAAUUCAGACCAGAGGAAUCACAUCUUGAGCUUAUCUGUUGAAAGACCACAGCCACAGAAGAACCUCACAAACGGAUCUGUGCUGGCAGGGCGGAACUUAACAUUCAACCUCAAGGUUCUGUCUUGUAGAUACUGAGAAGCAUCUUGGCAGCCGAGGAGGAAGUGGUGAGAGCAGAGGGGAAGGAAUCUGACUCUAUGUUGACGGGUAGAAUGUUAGUGGAGAAGUUUAUUUUUGAAGUCCUAAACUCAAUUCACCAAUGGGAAAUUAUAGAAGUGAUAGAAAACACAACACCAGGAUAGCCUAAAUACAUUUACCGUAAUAUCAUACGUUUACAAUAACAUAACUUAAUGUAACAAACAUACCAUAACAAGUUAAUUAUGUAGGACAAGACAGGACAGAUGCACACACUCAGUGGAUCCCAAUGUAGGCUAUAGGAUGAUGUAUUGGACAUUGAGCACAGUCACGCUAGUUGAUAAAGGGAGUGUUGGCUUGUUUUCCCUUUUUGGUUGUUCUACAUAUUGUUGCCAGCACAUUGUUGCCAGCCACACAAGUGGCUGAGUACAUUGAUGUACCGACGGACACAGAGAUGCCAGAAAUGGCUAGUCCUGGGUUUGCUAGUAAUUCAAGGUAUUCGCUAGUGUUGCUUCCAGUGUUUUGGCCUCUCAUUCAGCCUGUUUGAUGCCUCUACAGAGUGUUUAUACUGUGACUCUAGUUAGUUCAGAAGACUCCUCUUUAUUUCUAUCCUCUGUGUGUGUCGAGUUAUGCCAGGGUGUUUAGCUUGUCUGUGGUGUGUUCAACACUGGUUUUUAAGGGGGCAUCUCAUGUCCUCAUUGAGCACUGUGGUUUAAAGGGACUCCUCUCUUCAGUCAACCUGUAGUCUGUCACCACCAACAUGUCCCUCCCUGUUCCUCCCCCUUGGCUCACUGAGGGUUUAAAGGGCCUGGCAACAACUGAUUGUAGCCUCUCAGCAGCACGUGGGCCAUUGUCACACACACACUCGCAUACAUUGUCCGACCGCUCUACGAGCUUGUUAAACACUGCAGCAUGUUGGGCUUGGCCACUUUCCCAGAAUCCUUUGUUCCGACUGAGUCUUCUUUUCUGUAAUGUUCAGCUGCUGCUUAUAGAGGGAAAAUAUUUGAUAAUAGGACAGGAUUACGGCGUGUGUGGGGGGAGGAAACACCAUGAUAAUAGACCCCUGAGGCCAUGGACCGUAUUAUCUGACUGUGGCAAUGCUGAUGAAUUAUUUGCAUCUAUUAGGUUACAGAUGGCUCGGCUCACUGACCCAUUUUGUGUACAGACUGGUUUUCCCUGGCCGGAGUGUCAAUGUGUUGUUUUGUACCAUAAAGAUUGUCAGGCAUUUGAUUUGUCUGUAAUUUAAAACCGAAGUAGUUGUGCUGCUGACGUGUGCAUGUCAAACCUGCAGCACAUUUUCUAUGGGAGGGGAUAGGUUUUCAAUCUGGUCAGCUGUCAAUAGGAGUGUGUGUGCUCGAUUAACCCAGUUCCUCCAGCAGAAGCCUUUUAAGAUCAGCGUCAUCACAACGAGCUUUGAUUUUUUAAAAAAUUUACGCAAGGAGCCAGCGAGACAGAAAAACUGACAACACACACACGCCCCUCCAUUUGACAGAUCACAGAGGAGGAUGGCAGUCAUGCUGUGAAUUCAAAGCCAAGGGCACGAAACAAGGCAGUUUUGCUUGUUUGUUGAAAAUGAUCCCCCCCUUCUCAAGGAAUUGAAUAUAAUGAUAAGUAUUUUUCUUCUCCCAUCUUGGCUUAUCAAUAAUCAGCACUGCCACUGUGUUUAGUUUACAUAAUCAAUUUCCCUGUUUUCAUGUAAUGUUAAAUCUGUCAGUUAGGUAGCGCUGAUAGAAAUAGCAUUUUGUUGCGCUUUCUUUGUAAUUUGCCUCCAGUUAGCGUUUUCUCUGAAACGUGAUGGGAAUUGACACAGAGACCCUGUCGGCUUGCUCCCAGCAGCCUUUUUGAAUUAUUUAUUUUUGAUCUGUUCAGCAUUAAUCUUAUUGGUGGCAUUUUCUGCAGCAAGCCAAGUGUUCCAGAAUACAGAGCAAUGGUCUCUUCUCUCAUGCUCUAAUGUGGUGCCAAUGGCUCAGUCACAGAGUCAUUGGUUAGAGCAUGGUGCUGGCAACCCCAUGGUUGUGGGUGAACUUCCUGCAUGGACCACAUAUACUGAAUGCCUGUAUAUACACUGUCUGUUUUGGAUUGUGUCUGGCUGUCUGCUAAAUUACUAUAUGAUGUACUAUUACUACUAAUGGCCUUUCUGUUGUCUCUGUUUUAUCUCCAGCUGGUAGAGACAUCUCUGAAGGGAGAGAUAACCUUUGACCCGUGCUGUGCCUACUACCUGUGGUUCGUCAUGGACUUCUGUGACGGGGGAGACAUGAACGCUUACCUGCUGUCCCGUAAACCCAGCCGCAAGACCAACACCAGCUUCAUGCUGCAGUUAGGAAGCGCCCUGGCCUUCCUCCACCGAAACCAGAUCAUCCACCGAGACCUGAAGCCUGACAACAUCCUCAUCUCCCAGGGAAGGACCUUGGCGGGAACCCCCGAGCCCACCCUGAAGGUGGCAGACUUCGGACUGUCAAAGGUCUGCUCCACGUCAGGCCUCAACCCUGAGGAACCAGCCUCCGUCAACAAGUGUUUCCUCUCCACAGCGUGCGGCACGGACUUCUACAUGGCUCCAGAGGCGUGGGAGGGCCACUACACGGCUAAAGCAGACAUCUUUGCCCUGGGCAUCAUAAUCUGGGCCAUGGUGGAGCGGAUCACGUUCGUUGACGUGGAGACCCAGAAGGAGCUCCUGGGGAGCUACGUGCAGCAGGGGGAGGAGAUUGUGCCCCUGGGGGAGGCGCUCCUGGAGAACCCCAGGAUGGAGCUGCUGAUCCCGGCCAGGAUGAAGAGCAUGAACGCCGGCAUGAAACAGCUGAUCAGGGAGAUGCUGUCGUUCAACCCUCAGGAGAGGCCUGAUGCCUUUGAACUGGAGCUCCGACUGGUCAGGAUCGCCUGCAGAGAGCUUGACUGGGACACGUGAUAAUGGGGGUGGAUAGGAGGAGAAUGGACCAUGGGACUUGUAGUUACAACGUCCAGCACAUGUAUCUAGUCCUAAUUCACCACUGUUAGCUCUGGUGGCGAAGGCCACACAAUGGGAGUUUGUUUUUAUUUUCAAGGGAACAAUUUAAAGGUUGCAAAGAUUUUGGCUUUGCGGUUGGAUAUUGGUUCAGAUGUAGGACUACUGGUAAACCUAGCUCAUAGCCAGUCUGUAAAAAUGUUUGUUUUGAAUGUUAACAUAGCAAGGCUGUCCAUAAGCACAUUCAGCUGUUGGUCUCUCAGAAGGAGAGGUGUUGCUAGCUACCCCAGUGGUUUAGGCGAACCUGUUAAAGUUGACUCUCUCUUUAGUUGUUUGCCUACAAAUUCCACCCCAGUCUCGGUGCUAAUAAUCAUACUUCGGAUGCAAUUUAUGAUACAGGGAGACUGCAUCCUGUGUAGAUAUGGAUGCAAUUAAAUUCCAAUUUAUACAUGCCUCAGUGAUCGUAAACUGUGCACAGCUGGUUUUACCAGUAUUCUGUGAUUCUGUGACCACACCCUGCUCCUCCCCAUCAACAGCCACACACACACACACGCACAGGCACGCACACUUCCCACUGCUCAGGUAAAAAACGAAAAUAUACUAUUGGUUGGGAUUUGAAGACAAACGGCUGUUUGAAGAGAGAGCAGCACGACAUUUCACAGAGGCCUGUGUAUUCUGAGCUGGCCCUGAGCCAACUAUGGGAAUCAGGCUAGUGGGAGCAGACAAGGUCUUGGUAUGCCAGCCCAGUGCAGAACUAACAUAACCCCCAGCCCAGUGCAGACAAAACCUUACAUAACCCCAGUCAGCCAGUUUCAUAAUAGGCCAGGAAUGUGUCAUGAUUGGCCCAUAAUUAAAAUAAUUUGAGUGUUUGAAAUGUAAUUAACUUGAGUCACCAUAAGUUAAAGUCCAGAGACAACAAGCUGCUUAUUCUAAACACAUAAAGGAAUGUGUUGUUGCCCCAAACUAACAUCAAUGUAUUUAACUGAAGAGCCAGUGUUCUGCUUGUAAUAUUAAAAUAUAGUGCUUGAAUUUAGACUGAAGGCCAGUUUAGUUCCGAAUGAAACCUGUGUGAACGGAAUGGUUAGACUUCACUGGCAAUCACUUGACGACAAAUGCACUUUUAUUUUGUUAUUUUCCUUUUUCAUAACUUACCCUGCUAUUAUCUAUCACCUUGAGAA